CGCGGCUGGGCGGGGCCCGGACUCCUGGGCUCUGAUCUACGGGGAGUUUACAUUAGAGAGUUAUGUGCAAAUAGAGACCAUUCCCCAUCCUCCCUCACAUUUGCCUGCAGAGUACCAUGUGCGGUGGCACAAUCCACACCGGUUUGCUGGUGGUCAGCUACGCCACCUACCUACUCUUGGGUACAAUCGGAUUCUGGGCUCUGGAGAAGAAUGCCGAGAAAGAACUGAAAAUGGCAGUAAUCCAAAUGAAGGAGGCGUUCCUGCAGAACUUCACCCACCUCACUGUGGCAGAGGUUGAGCAGUUUGUGAAGAACCUGACUGACGCUGUGCAGAGAGGAAUAUAUCCCGUCGGAAACGAAUCACAGACUGAGGUCAGCAACUGGGAUUUGAGUAACUCCUUCUUCUUUGUGGGCGCAGUGGUAUCCACCAUAGGCUAUGGUACCCUGUGUCCUAAAACGUCUGCUGGCCAGAUCUUCUGUGUCUUUUUUGCUUCAUUUGGAAUCCCUUUUAAUAUCGUUUUCCUGCACCGGGUCAGUAAGAUGCUUUCUCUGCUGUGUGAAAGGCUUGGGAGAUGGCUGUAUGAGAAAGGAAUGAAAAAGAAGAAGAUCAAGUUUCUGACCCUUCUCUUCUUCCUGGUGAUGGGCAUUCUAGUGUUCCUGUGUCUGCCGUCAUUUGUCUUCCAGGUGGUGGAGGGCUGGUCCUACAGUGAAGGAGUUUAUUUUGCAUUUAUCACCCUGAGCACCAUUGGCUUUGGAGACUACGUAGUAGGUAAACAGCCUGACAGGAAUUAUCCUUCCUAUUACCGAUCUUUGGUUGCCAUUUGGAUUAUCUUUGGCCUGGCCUGGAUUGCUCUUCUGUUCAAUUUAUUGACAACAUUAUUGGAAGACACUGAAAAAAAAAUUGCUCAGGAUCUUCACAAAAUGAGAAAGGCAGGUAAAGACAAUGAGGAAAACCAGAAAAGAUAUCAGCCCGCUGGAUUUGUUUCUGCAGAAGAACCAUCAUUACUGGGUUCUGGAGGAGAUGCACAGAAGACAGUGUCUCUAGCAACACAUCUUGGAGAUGCUAAACAAGGGGAAACUAUUUUUUCCUUAUAGCAAAAUAUUAUAAUCACCCACUGGGAUCAGAGUUGUUUAUUGCAGAUUACACUGGUCCAGUAUUGUAAGAACUAGACCGAAAGGAGAAAGUCCGGUGGAAAUAUCAUUUCUCUUGAUCCCACACUGAGAUGUGAUUUUCCCUACACUCUAGCUCAAAAGUGAUACAAACCAGGAGUAACAGUGAUGAUAAAACUGCUCUCCCAGCUGUUUUAUCUGCAGCAGACCCACGAUGACAUGAUUUACAUCAUAUCCCCCCACACACACACGGUUUGCAAAAUUCUGCCUGUCCCAAGUGUCAAACAUUCUCUAGCUUCUUUGAGUCACUGCUAGCUGAUGUACUGCCUUUGGAUAAAGAUCACAAAUGGCUAGAUUUCAGUGGCUGCCCGAUAUGAACCAAAAUGCCAUAAUGAGCUGGCUGACUUUAAAAAAGGAGUGACAAGAUCAAAGGUCACAUAAGAAGCAAAUCACUGGGGUAGGAGAACAUUAUAUGAGCAGGAUUAGAAAAGGUGUUGGUCCUGUUUGAAAAUGGGUUAUUCUACCUGUCUCACGCAAAGCUGGGGGCGGUUCCUCCUCCCAACCCUUUGGUUUAGGAGAGCUUUACAGUUCUGGCUUACUGAGUACAUCACCACUGAUUUGAUUCAGUUUCUUGCUGUAAAAGGAAGUGGGUGGCUUUUCAUGAGGAAACGUUGCUGUUUGAAAUG